AGGCAGGUUUCUUCCUCCCGUUGCCAUGCCUACGACUUUGCCACUGCCUUGCGGACUCUUCUGCAGAGAAACAAUUGGGUUUGGCUAAUGUUACAUUUUGACGUAUUUUGAGACCUCCCGCGUAAAUUCUUUUUGUCAACAGGUGGCCUGCAGUAUUCAUCUCGUUCUAACAGGUAUUUGAUGAAAGAGAUCCCGACAAAGGAGGAACAUUGCGGUAAAGAAAGAUUUAUAAAGAAAAAUGGUUUCUCAUUUUAGUGCAAACCAGUACGAAGAUGCCUUCAAUCCAAAAAAGCUUCGUAAUUGGACAAUACCCAGGAAGCACAAAGAGCAUCCAAGCACUUUGGAAGGAUUCACUCAAAUAAUUGCAAAUGAUCGAGGUCACUUGUAUAAUGAAGCUCCAAAAUCAAAAGAGUCACCGUGGGGCACUUUCAUGGGUACCUGGGAUAUGCCAUGCAAGAUUCCACCUGCUCGACCAUCAUAUACAGCACGAUCACGAGACGCAGCGAAGAAUUUACAUAAUUUGAAACAAACUUCUCCUUUAAACAACGCUGUCAAUGGAUACAAGAAAUUUGAAAAGACAAAAAAAUCUCAGACAUCUCCAUUGGAAAGACCACAUGCACCAACUCCACCAAGAUCAAAUGAAAACGUUAUGGAACCAUCUGCUGGCGCACCAAUGAAAAAAUCCCCUGAACCAGCAUCAAAAUCCCCAACUGGGAAAUUCCCUAUUCAGCAAGGUGAAUGUGUGAAAUCCCCAAAAAUAGAAAAGCCUUCCACUCCAGUGAGAAGUCCAACACCACAAGAAAAAGUACGAUCGCCUACACCACGAGGCCUCAAAUCAAGAUCACCAAGACCAGCCAGCCACCUAGACGCCCCUGAUAACAGAGUUGGAAGUGCAUGCACAGUAUAACAACAUCAAAUCAACAAUAUUCUCCAACAAGCAAUAUUUUUUAAUUUCAUUUUGUUUAUGAAGACUAUCACGAUAAUAAAGUAUCUUUUCUGCAUUUUUUGUCAGUUACAUUUAUAAGUGUAUAUUGACAAUAAAUCUAACAAAAUGAUAAAAUGCCAAGCUACUGUUGGUAGCUAAAACGUGACAUUAAUUAUAGAAUAUCAUGUUUCACCUCAUCGAAAAUUAUUGCACUGCAUGUAUAUUUAGUACGUACACGACUCACUUUUUUGCAAUUUAAUAUUUGCCGUUGUUAAAUAGUUAUAAAAGUAGCUUGCCAGAUAAAUGAAUAUCUUGCUAAUUCUUCAUCAAUUUACCUAACCUCGAUAAGUAGGUUUUAGUCUUGUCAUUGUUCAUUUGAUAAAUAGAAAAUAUAUAUCAUCAAAUUAGCAUACUUAAUUGUAUUUUUAGGAAUUAUGUUUUGCACUUUAAGAUGAUUAGCAUUCACAUACUACUGCAUUAUUACAUGUAUAUUAUGAUGCGUGAAAUCUUUACUUAACCCACCUGAGGAAUUUCCUAAAAGUAUAAAUUGCUAUCUAACUUAGACUUAUAUUUGCUGACUGGAAAAAAAAGAUCACACUAUUUUAUGGAACUCACUAAUACUGCAGGAUUUUUAUAAUCAUCUACAGGUAGCCUACUCUUUAUUGACCGUAUAAUAGACAUUUCGCCACUAUAUCAAGAACUGUUUAUAUGUAUCUAGAAAAUAUAAAU